CUGAAGUGAAAACAGAGCGCCAGCGCAUGCUGGGAAUAAACAAGGAGGCCUAACAUGCUCCAGGUAGUUUGAUUCCCUGAGGUCUACCCGAGAUUUACCCCACCUGACGGACGAGGACACCGGUAUGUACCCAAACUCACAGUCGGCCCAACACCCGGCUCAGAUACUGUCACUGAACAGUCAGUACUUUCCACCUCCGUAUGACUUCACCAGUUAUCAUCAUGUCCCGGGAGUCGGUGACCCGUCGACAAGUGCCUGGAACUCCGUCUACGCUCCCCGGGAGGAGUACCCGUACAGCUUCCAGGGGUCAAGCCCCAACGCCGGGCAGCUCAGCUUCUCCUCCCCGGAGCUGAGCGUCAUGCCUAACGCCGCUGGAGGGCCGUACAACUUCAUCUCCGGACAGGACACCUUCAGCUCCAGGAGGAGACCGUAUGAACCCAUCAGACCGUCCUUCUCAGGAACAAAGACGCGUACUAAGGACAAGUACAGGGUGGUGUACACUGACCAGCAACGCCUGGAGCUGGAGAAGGAGUUUCAAUGCAACCGAUACAUCACCAUGAGGAGGAAAACCGAGCUGUCAACGGCACUUAGCCUCUCUGAGAGACAGGUGAAGAUUUGGUUUCAGAACCGACGUGCCAAAGAGAGGAAGAUAAACCGCAAGAAGCUGCAGCAUUCUCAGCAGGCCUCCACAACAACACCCACCCCACCUGCGCUGGGUGGACCCGCUGACACCCACAUCACCACCAGCCCCAGCGACAACAUUUUGUCUGACACGAUACCAGAGGAAUACUAGAGACUGAUACAGAGGGAAAUAUGUACAUAGCUUUAUUUUUGUUUUUAUAACUUUUCCACACUAUGAAUGAAGAUGAUUCCCAUCAACAUGAUGUUAUAAUGUUGCACCUCCUGCUUUCACAAUUACAAGCACUAAACAUGUCUGUUGCAUUGAUCAUCUCUGGUGGGCAUUUGCCAAUCACAGGACUUCAGCAUGUUUAUAUGGAUCAUUUUCAUCACCAAGUUACUGAUUUUAAGGACAAAGAAUCACUGGAUAGCGUGUCACUUGUGAAACUUGAGUGUCUUCUUUUGGUUAAAGCCACACUGAAAAAAACAUUUCACAAGUUCUUCUUUCUUUAACUUAGACAGGAUGUCGAAAUUUGUCUGAAACCUUGCUGGAUAAAAGUGGCAAUGCAUUUGUCCAUCUAUAGUCAAGAAAUAAAAAGAGGAAGUACGAUGAUGGUAAUACAUCUGUUUUUUAGAAUUUGAAUUUACAGGAAAUCGAGAGAGAGGAGAGAGUAUUACAGUUCUUACUGCGAAGGACAGAAGGGAAAACAACUUAAUUUACCAUGAGAAUAGUUCAUUCAAAAGUACAAACUAUUGGGUUUUAGUGAGGGAGGAUGGCAGCUGUGUUUGGUGUAAUGGAAAUGGUGAAUGAACAGAAAUGUUUUGUUUUUUAAAGAAAUAAAAGCAGCUUGAUCUUGAUAUGAAAACACAAAUGUCAUAAUUUGGCAGUGAACAGGUGUAUGAUAUGACAUAAAAAAACAUUUAGUUAAAACACUUACCAUUUUGAAUUUUUGAAUUUUUUUGCUAUAACAUAGUGGUAACAGCACGGAACUGAGAGCAUGUUUAAAAAUGGCUGUGGAAUAUCACACACAGAUAGCUGUGUUUAGCCACAUCCUCAAAAACAGCUCCUACAUGACUCAUGGUCCACCGACAUUGUACCGUUAAAUGCAGACAUUCAGCCUCGUCGGAGAACUUUAAAUCAAAAAUGUCACUGCGUAUCCAGUCUUUUGGGACAUACAGUUUGUAUGAAAUGUUAACGUAUGAACUCCAUUGUACAUGUUAACACACGUUCACAUUGUUCCUGUUUCUGUGUGAUUUUAAAGAAGAGGAAGGAAAAGUGGCAAAAUGUAGAAAUGUAAAUUUUGUCCUGACAGAGUUGUCUGAGGAUUGCAAAAACGUUCUUUUCAAAAUAAACCACUGUGCCACCAACUUUGUGCAACUCAUCAUGUAUUUCUAAAUCAAUGUGUGCAGGGAAAGAAUUCCCCUGUUUUCAAGUUGAUGUUGGU